CAUUCCCAUCUCUGUCCUCUAGGGUUUAAUUGAUUUUUCAAUUUUGCCUUAUUUUACAAACCAAGCAGUCUCUGUGUAUCUAAUGACUAUGCUUUAUUAAAAACUCUUAAAAAAACUUGUGAUGGAAAACGCAGAAUCAGAUGAACCAGAGAAAAAGAGACCUCACUUGACUACUACAAUGGCUCGCAACUCUUCCACUUCUCCUCCCUCCAAUAAAACUGUUGAUACGGCAGUUUUGCAGUACCAGAAUCAAAAGCUAGUACAACAAUUAGAGAAACAGAAGCAAGAAUUGCAUGAUCUUCACUCCAAAACUCAGCAAUUAAACGACUAUCAAUCUUCUUAUGAUGAAACUCUCAUCGCAGUUAAUCAGCUAUGGAAUCAGUUAGUUGAUGAUUUAAUCCUCCUUGGAGUUCGCGCUGGCUCGGCCGGAGGAGGUGAAGAUUAUUUACAAAUGUUGAAUCAUUCAGAUUAUAAUGGUGGUUCAAUCCCAUCAUGCUCUGCAGAUGAGAUUUUUCUUUGUAGACUGCUAGGGGUAGAUUUUAUUCAAAGCAGCAGUGUAAGGAAUGGGAUUGUUGGUUCUGUUGAGGAAGCACUUUCUUCUCGGCACUCAUCUACAAUGAAGCUGAUGAAAGUUUUGGAUGAUACGAUUAGUGCUCAAAGAGUCAAAUCUGAGAGCAUAGCUCAGGCUUUACAUGGAAACUUAUCUACAGAAGAUUGGAUCAUUCAGUUGUCUAGGAUUGACGAUAUGAUGAAAGAGGAAGUUAAGUAUAUACGCGAGGUGAUGGAUAUUAUCCACUCAAAGCAUAAGGAGUAUGCUGAUGAGAUACAGACUUGUAUCAAUAGCCAUUCUAAGGAUCAAUCUGAGAUUAAGCACCUUGCAGUUGAGCUAGAAGAGACCAUGGCUGAACUUGAAGAAAGUAGAAGAAGGCUAAUCAAUCUAAAAAUGCAAAAGGAUGCAGCAGCUUGUUUACAUACUAUGGCUCCAAGUGCUGUAAAUGGAAACUUGUCACCUGAAAAGCCCACAGAGAAAUCUAAGGGUUUGCAGGAGUUGAAGGAUUCUAUUGAGGAAACAAAGAUAUUGGCAGCUGAUCGUCUCUCUGAGCUUCAAGAUGCACAAGAAGAAAAUCAGAUUUUAUCUAAAGAACUAGAAUAUCUUCAGAAUGAAUUGAAGGACGACAAAUUUGUACACUCAUCUCGUUUGUACAACAUGGUAAAUGAUCAACUUCAGCAUUGGAAUGCUGAAAUAGAACGAUACAAAACAAUGAUAGAACCUUUGCAGUCCGACAGGUCUCAUGUUGUUCGAAGGGAAAAGGAAGUCGGUGCAAAAGUUGAAUCAGCAGAUGCUGCAAGAAAUGCCAUUGACACUUCAGAAUCUAGAAUCGAGGAGCUUGAACUUCAGUUGCAGAAAUGUAUCAUUGAGAAAAAUGACCUUGAGAUUAAAAUGGAAGAAGCCAUGCAAGAUUCAGGGAGAAAGGAUAUUAAAGCAGAGUUCCAUGUAAUGGCUGCUGCUUUGUCCAAGGAAAUGGGCACGAUGGAAGCACAAUUGAAUCGAUGGAAGGAGAGUGCUCAUGAAGCACUUUCUCUGCGUAAAGAAUCCCAAUCACUAAGAGUCUUGUUAAGUGAAAAGGAAAAGGAACAAAAAUCUUUAGCUGGCAAAUGUGCAGAACAGACGUCAGAAAUCAAAUCUCUGGAAACUCUAAUUGAGAAGUUGCAGAAGGACAAACUGGAACUACAAAUAACCUUGGACAUGUAUGGACAUGAAAGUUAUGAUAGCAGAGACUUGGUGGAAAUAAGAGAAUCGGAACGUAGGGCUCAGGCGCAAGCUGAAGUCCUCAAGGGUGCUCUGGAUGAACAUAGUUUAGAGUUGAGGGUCAAAGCUGCUAAUGAGGCUGAGGCUGCUUGCCGGCAAAGGCUUUCUGCAACAGAAGCUGAGAUAGCUGAAUUAAGGGUCAAACUAGAUGCUUCUGAAAGAGAUGUUUGGGAGGUAGCAGAAGCUAUUAAAAGUAAAGAUAGGGAGGCUGAGGCAUAUAUCUCGGAAAUUGAGACCAUUGGUCAAGCAUAUGAAGAUAUGCGAACACAACAUCAGCAUCUGUUACAGCAAGUGACAAAGAGAGAUGACUACAACAUCAAGCUUGUUUCUGAGAGCGUGAAGACAAAGCAGGCACAGAGCUCUCUACUCUCUGAUAAGCAAGCCCUAGCAAAGCAACUUCAACAAGUUACCACAUCGGUAGAAUUUGUGAAAACGAAAAUUUCCCAGAGUGAGGAAAAGAUGAAAGUUUGUUUGACGGGUGCAAUUAGAUCAACUGAAGAAGACAGACAUGUUGCUGUGAUUCUUGAAACUGCACGAUGGGAAUUGACGGAUGCUGAAAAGGAGCUGAAGUGGCUUAAAUAUGCUGUUGGUUCUUCCGAUAAGGAAUAUGAGCAACUCCAGAAGAAAAUAGACGACAUUCGAACCGAGUUGCACAAUGAACGAAAUGAGAGGAAGAAACUGGACGAAGAGCUCAAAGAGUUGAAUGAUAAGAUUGAUGAGCUGACUUCUGAAAGUGGUGAAGCUGCAAUACUACGACUACAGGAUGAAAUAAAAGAGUGCAAAAGUAUGCUCAAGUGUAGUGUAUGUUCUGACCGGCCAAAGGAGGUUGUAAUAGUGAAAUGCUAUCAUCUAUUCUGCAAUCCAUGUAUUCAGAGAAAUCUAGAGAUUCGGCAUCGAAAAUGUCCUGGAUGUGGAACUGCAUUUGGUCAGAGUGAUGUUCGCUUUGUUAAGAUAUGACUUCUCUCUCUCUCGAUUGAACUUGGUACCUCUGGUAUAGUUAAUAACAUUAGCCUAACCAUGACGCAUUAGAGCCUUAAUUAUCUUCAACUUAAAUGCUCUUUAGUGGAUUAGAAAUUAGGGUAUUGUUAUGUAAUUAUUUGACAGGUCAUGUAUUUGUAAAUAUCGGAAGUGGAAACGAAUGCAAGGAACAUCAUUUAUCUUCUUCA